UUCAGGAUGAGACUGUGGCUGACUCUGCUUUUCCUGAAAAGACCAUUGAUGCACAUAAUCAUGAACAGUCCCCUACCAUUGUGAAUCUAUGGUAGAGUUUCCAAGAGAAAAAAAAAAGAUCCAAAGUCCUACAAAAAACAAGCCUGUAUCUACCCCUGCUGGCACUUCCUUUAGUUGACCACCUGACAUUGAGAAAACUGCUCACCUCAUGGAUAAGCCUACUGGCCACAACUCUAAAAACCUGCCAAGAGCUCCAAUGAAAGAUGUUUCCAAUUUAGGAAGUAGCAGUGGAUCAAAGCCUGACCUGCAUUAUCAGAGAAAAACCAAAGGGCUGGUCAAUCCUGGUUCCAAACAUCAGACUCAUGUUUUCAAGAAACUUUCUUUUGAAAAGGUGAGUCCUAAUGUUUUGGGAGAUGGGAUCUCAGCUAUCUUUGGGCAUACUCCCCCUGAUGAGAUUUCUGGCAAUACUAGACUACAUACUCAAUUUCUCAUGACACUGAGAAUUUUGUUGAGAAUACUUUUGCUGAGAAUAGCAUGGUGAGCAUCGAGAAUAGUCUGCCCUCCCAUAAUGGUGAGGAUCUGGCUGAUGCCUAAGUGGGAUCUCCCUCCACUCCCUCUCUGCAGUUCCAAUGUUUAAAGUUCUUUUUUGGAAUGCCAGAGGUGCAGGUAGUGAUAAUUUUCGAUCUGCUAUUGCAGACCUUGUCAAGUUACAUUCUAUUGAUGUUUUAGCUAUUUGUGAACCUAGAUUGCAAUUCUCAAAGACCUGCACGACUCUUCAUAAUCUUGGGUUCAAUGACUCAAGGAUUGUUGAGGCUCAAGGUUUUUCUGGUGGCCUAUGGCUCUUGUGGAAUAAAAAUAAGACUCAGGUUGACUUCAUUGAUGACAACUUCCAAUCUAUUAAUGUUAAAAUCACUAUUCCUGGCAGUCCUGCUUGGAUGCUUUCUGUGGUUUAUGCUUGUCCAACCCAUACUUCAAUGGCUUCUUUGUGGCCUUAUUUUGAUAAUCUUGUUGCUAUCACCAAUCUCCCAUGGAUGCUAAUUGGAGAUUUUAAUGAGGUGGUUUCUAGCUUAGAUAAGAACUGUGGCCCUUUUACUGGAAGAUUUGGUGGCUUAAGGAAUUGGAUUAACAAGAAUGCUUUGAUUGAUAUGGGUUUCAAGGGAUCCUGUUACACCUGGAGUAACAAUAGAGUGAAGGAAAGACUUGAUAGAUCAUUUUGCACAUGCUCCUGGAGGUCUACUUUUCCGGAUGCUUUUAUCCAACAUCUUCCCAAAACAAGGUCUGAUCAUUGCCCUAUUCUCAUGCAGCUUUGUUCUAAUAACCCUAUUAAUAGAAGCUCUAGCCCAUUUAGAUUUCAAGCUAUGUGGUUUUCUCAUACAAAUUAUUCUGAGUUUGUUUCUAACACUUGGAAUGGGUUACAUGGGGAGUUUCAUUCCAAAAUCAUGUGUCUCUCUUCUUCUCUCUCGAAAUGGAAUAGAGAGGUUUUUGGUCACCUAUUUCGGAAAAAAAGAAGAAUUUUGGCCAAAAUUGGGGCCAUCCAAAAGGCCUGUGACAAACAUGAGAACCCUUUCUUACUCAAGCUUGAAGCUGAACUUAUCCAUGAUUAUGAGAAUAUCCUAAAUCAGGAGAAUCUCUUCUGGAAACAGAAAUCUAGAGAUAAGUGGCUGCAAGGAGGUGACAGGAAUACCAAAUUCUUUCAUUUGACUACUCUGGUUAGAAGGAGGAAAAACAAAAUUGAGGGCCUGUUUGACAGUAAUGGAACUUGGUUUACUGAUUCUGCCUCCAUGAAAAAUAUUGCUGUUGAUUUUUUCACUAAUCUGUUCUCCUCACAAUGUGAUGAAGGCUCUAGACUCUUUAUUCCCUAGCUCUUCCCUGAUAUUGAUCAUGAAGACCUCACUAAUAUUGGUAAACCUGUGUCCCUCAUGGAAGUUAAAGACUCCCUCUUUGCCAUUGGAGGACUCAAGGCUCUUGGAUUUGAUGAUUUCCUUGCUAUCUUCUUUCAACAUCAUUGGCAGCUUUAUUCUUGUGAAAUCUUUAAUGUGGUGUCUAAUGCUUUCAGGUCUGGUGUAAUUCCCCCUAGUUUAAAUCACACUAUUAUCUCCUUAAUUCCUAAGGUGGAUGGCCCUCAGCACAUUGCCAAUUUCAGGCCAAUCAGUUUAUGCACCACAAUUUAUAAAGUUAUCUCCAAGAUCAUUAUGGCUCGGAUUAGGCCUUUGAUGCAGCAUCUUAUAAGCCCUAAUCAGGUCAGCUAUGUUUCUGGAAGACACAUUUUAGAUAAUAUUAUGAUUUCUCAGGAAAUGCUUUUCAAAUUAAAAAAAUCCUAUGGUGCUUACAAUAGACUCAGUUGGAAUUUCAUUGAGAUGGUUCUUUAUGAAGCUCAAUUUCCUCAUGAUUUGGUGAAGCUUAUUAUGAGCUGCAUUACCUCUACCAGUUUCUAGAUUUGUUUUAAUGGUGAACUGACAAACUCGUUUAAAGCUCAGAGGGGUAUUAGGCAGGGUGACCCCCUCUCUCCUUAUAUCUUUGUCCUAUGUAUGGAAAAGCUUUCUCAUCUGAUUAAGUCCACUGUAGAUAUUGGAAGUUGGAAACCUGUUAGAGCAUCUCAAUCUGGGCCUAAAGUUUCCCAUCUUUUCUUUGCUGAUGACCUUAUGCUUUUUGCUGAAGCCUCCCCUUUCCCAAGCUCACACCAUUAAGUAUUGUCUGGAUGCCUUUUGCUCUCUCUCUGGCCAAACUGUUAGCUAUGAAAACUCUCUCAUCUUUUGCUCUCCAAAUACUUGUAAAGGAUCUGCUUCUGAAAUUAGCAGAAUUUGUGGUUCUCCUUUGACAAAUGAUCUUGGAAAAUACUUGGGAAUGCCUCUUAUUCACACCAAAGUGAACAAGCAUACCUAUGAUAGCUUAUUUGAUGAAGUUCAAGGUAGACUCUCUAGCUGGAAAUGCAAAGUGCUCAGUAUGGCUGGCAGACUCACCUUGAUUCAAUCUGUCACUUCCUCCAUCCCAAUCUAUGCAAUGCAAACUGCCAAAUUCCCUAUGAGCUUGUGUGAUCGAAUUGAUAAGCUGAAUAGGGAUUUCUUAUGGGGGGGACUCAAAUGAUAAGAAAAAUGUCCAUCUUGUGGGAUGGGACACUGUUUGUCAACCAAAGAAUCUUGGUGGUCUAGGAAUUAAGAAAACUGCAGACAUGAAUCAAGCCAUGCUAGCCAAGGCUAGUUGGAGACUGUUUCAACAAGACUCUGGUUUAUGGGCCUCCAUUUACUCUGAGAAGGAUCUUAAAAAUUGUUACAUCACUGAUGAUAACUACCUACCCCCUGCUGAUUGCUCUAGUACCUAGAGGAGCAUCUCUUAUGGAGCUGCUUUGAUGAGGAAAAACCUUAAAUGAAGAGUUGGAGAUGGCAAGAAAAUUAAAUUAUGGGCCCUUGUAAAGAUGGUCUCUAUCCGCUAAAUCUGUCGAGCGUCUCCACUCCUCCAUAAGCCCUUGCCUCCAUUCACUCCUCCAUUUGGCACAAUCGUUUGGGUCAUCCCUCUUCCAAUGUCUUAGCUCGUCUAGGUUCAACAAUUGGUUCAAAAUUAUCUUUUCGUUCCUUCUGUCGAGAUUGCGCACUUAGCAAAUCUCAUCAAUUACCUUUUAAUUCCAAUAAAGAAACUGUUAAUUUUCCAUUUCAUAUUAUUC